GCACCAUCAACAACAAUCUUUGGAGUUCUCACUACUAAAACACCUUGUGUGACAGCCAUGGCUUCAAUUCAGCUGCUCUUUCUCAUCUUUGCUUCUCUCUCUUGUGCUUCUGCAACUUUCAUUCAGAACUUUGACAUCACUUGGGGUGACCAGCGUGCAAAGGUGGUUCCUGGAGGCGAUACUGUGCAGCUUACCCUUGACAAGUGGUCAGGUUCUGGUUUCCGAUCAAAGCAAGAAUUUUUGUUUACUCGUAUCGACAUGAAGAUUAAGCUCGUCGAAGGCAACUCAGCUGGCACGGUCACCACCUAUUAUCUCUCCUCUCAAGGCCCCAACCACGAUGAGAUUGAUUUCGAGUUUCUUGGAAACGUGACAGGAGAGCCAUACGUGAUGCACACAAACGUAUUCUCUCAGGGGAAGGGCAACAGAGAGGUCCAGUUCUAUCUCUGGUUCGAUCCCACUAAAGCCUUCCAUACCUACUCCAUCAUCUGGAACCCAUCCCAAAUCAUAUUUUUGGUGGAUGGGAUCCCUGUUAGAGUGUUUGAGAACACUGAAGCAACAACAGGAGUGCCCUUUCCAAAGAACCAGUCCAUGAGGCUUUACGCGAGCUUAUGGAACGCAGAUGACUGGGCAACUAGAGGUGGGCUUGUGAAGACAGAUUGGUCCCUGGCUCCCUUCACUGCUUCUUUCUCUGGUUUCAAGGCCACCAACUGUAAAGACCCAUCUUCUUCUCCUCUCCUCUGUAACUCUAUUCCAGUCACCUCUGCUGCAACUACGAGCUCAGUACAGGCCCAGUCCCAGUCCCAGCCCCAGCCCCGAGCCCAACUGAGCGCAAACAUGUAUAGGAGAAUGAGGUGGGUUCAGAGGAAAUACAUGGUUUAUAAUUAUUGUGGCGAUACUAAGCGUUUCCCUCAAGGCCUUCCCCCUGAGUGCGGGCGUCGAAGAUAAUCUCUAAAUAUGAGUCCUUCUCGGUUGCAAGGCGUGAAUAUUUCAUUGAUUCAUAUGUAUCUCCUGUAUAAUACUGAUUCUUUCAUUCUUAUUAUUUGAUUGUAGGCUUAUUUUUAAUUUUGAUUAUUUCAAAACAGUAAAAUGUAUUUGGAAUUUCAGUGAUGAAGUUCAAUGAAAGAAAUAAAUUGGAAGGGAACUGUUUUUGGUGGA